AUGGGCUAGCGGAUACCAUACCUUUGUUGCUAAACAAUUUAAUUUCCGACGACCAACCUCAACUGCUCAAGUGAAUUUCAGCUUUUAGUGCGUCACGAUCAAAGAGCAACAAUGGACGACGAUGAAACGUCCCCGCUCACGUAUUCAACGCAGGUGACGGCAUCGGCAGACAACACGCAGCCAGCCACGGACACCACCAGGAAGUCCAGGAUCACCGUCGAGCCCGUCAUCUUCUUUAUGAUGUUAUCCUACAGUCUGUUCAUACCGCUGAGGCUCCAGUACCUGACCAGACGGAUCGCGGAAGACGAGUUUGGGAUCGUGGAUUACAACCGUGCCGACGAUCCGCUUUGCUCCAAGAACGGAACAAACAGUGGGAUGACCAUUAACAGCACAAUGGAAAUGGACAUCGAACAGCAGGUUUCUCUUUUUUCACUGUACCUGAGUGCGACAACCUCUGUUCCAGCGUUGUUCUGCACAACCCUUUUAGGAGCUCACAGCGACCAAGCUGGGAGAAAGGUUGCCCUCAUAGUCCCAUCUAUAGGCUUCUGUGUCUAUGCAGCAUGUUAUCUUAUUGUCACCAUGCAUGAACUAAACAUCUGGUACUUGGUCAUUGGUCAUUUUGUGCUGGGUCUCUGUGGCGACUUUUCGCUGCUCCUUGCGGGCUGUUUUUCCUACAUGGCAGACAUUACAACAAAGAAGGAGAGGGCUCUGCGAAUCAUCCUCCUCGAUUGCCUGAGCUUCAUGGCAGCCGGUAUUGCACAGGUUGGAGUUGGGUACUGGAUUCAUGCUCAGGGCUUUGAGGCACCUUACAUCUUCAUCCUUGCCUGCGUGUCGGUGACGACCCUCUACGUCGUCUUCCUCGUCCCCGACACGCACCCGCAGGCCCAUCCAGCCAUGCUCAACGUCAGGGAUGCCAUCCGGAAGAUCCUCAACCUGGUCCAGAGCAACACCCACAAGCGACGCCUACCCCUCCUCAUAGCAACCAUCGUCAUGCUGCUCAGGGUCCUGGUGUUCUUCUCGUUGCCGGGGCUGACGUUGCUCUACGGAAUGGGGGAUCCUUUCUGCUGGGACUCGAUAGUCAUCGGCAUCUUCAGUGCUCUGCAGUACCUGUCCGGUGCUCUAGGUAUGAUAAUCGGUGGGAAGCUUCUCAGUCGCUACCUGAGGGACGCCACUCUUGUUCAAGUUGGUUUAAUAUCAUCCAUCAUGUGCGUUGUAUUAACAGGCGUUGCUCCAAGCAAUCCAUAUAUUUUUGCAGUUCCAGCGGUAGGGCUGUUCCGAGCGUUGUCAUUACCGAUGCUGAGAACGAUCAUGUCUAAACUUGUUUACCCUUCAGAGCAAGGUGUAAUGUUUGCCUGUAUUGGCUGCCUUCAAAGCAUCGCUAUGGUGAUCUCUCCUCUCCUUUUCAACACUCUCUACUAUGCAACGUUGCAUAUCCACAGAGGAAUCGUCUUCUAUGUCAUGGCAGCGUUCCUAUUCAUUGCCAGUCUCCUUUCAAUAGUUUUACAAGUCAAAAGGCAAGAGUCCUCCUUUCUUCUCCUGAGCGACCCGUCGACAUCAAGUAUCAACCGGGGAAGCCGCAGUCUCUUGACCGGACGACCUCGCAAUUACCAAGCUGUACAGACAUAGGGGAGGGACAGACAACCACAUGUAACCUCCUAGAGACGCUGUUGUCUUUUUUUCAAAGGGCUUUAAAAUACUCCAUAAUAUGGUGCUUUUUUUCAAUUUUCAUACCAAGAUAUACUUAGGGAAGACAAUUACAUCAAACUCCUGGAAAUGCUGUUCUGUCGUUUUUCUUCAAAGUGCUUUAAAAUGCUCCCAAUAUGUUGUUGUUUUUGUUUUCUAUUUCUUUUUGAGACUUUCUUUCCUUUCUCACAAGAGCGAUUUUAUGUUAUUCAAAUGUUGUGCAAUGAAAUAAGAUAUGGACAGUGGGGCUUUAGUAGACAAAACCUACAUGUAGUAUGAAGUCAAAUUACACUAAAUUGAUCCGUCAGAGUUGCUUCUUUCGCAAGGUAUUCCAUAACAUUGAAGUGCUACUUUCCUCUUUUUUUCUGCUGAGGGGAAAUUUUGAUUUAAAACUUGUUUUUGUUUAAAACUCUGAAUCUACCACAUCUUGUAAGUGGUCUAUAGGAUACAACAAUGUCACCGGACAUGUGGAUCACAUGGUUCACUGUUCAAGUCCCACUGCGGCACUGAUGCUUCCUUAGGCAAAUCAUUUAUAUUUGCCAUUCUCCACACAGGUGUGUGGGUACCCGGUAGGAAUGUAUUCCUUGAAUGCUUGAGGGCAGCUGGGCU